AUGUCAGAUAAACCAAAGAGAGUUGAUGCAAUUUUUGUAUUUGAUUUAAACAGAAAGUCUGAUCUCGACUACCCGUCAGAUAAAGAUAUACAGCUUAGCAAAUUACUGUAUUAUCACCCUGAGGAUAGGUCCGUUGACGACAAAUUGUCCCAUUUCGGCCUAAUUGAAGGCCUAAUAACUCUUUCAAAUGAUGAAAUGACGUUGGAGAGUCUUCAGGAGAUGUUGGAGAACAUAUUACCAACAUUUAUGAAUAAUUCCACGAAGACAAUGCUCAACUUUCUAAAAGAUGUGGAGGCAUUUAAGAAGUUCCACACAAAUAUGAAUUUGUCCCUGGAUAUUCAGCUGAUGAUAGAUGAUUUGUAUAACGAAUUUGAGCCUAUUUCAAAGUCGCUGCUGAUAUAUAACCAACAAGUUCUGCACUACAGCAUGGAGCUUGAUGAAGUUUUCCUAAUAUAUUGUUACAUAGUCAGGUACAUGGGGAACGUAAGUAAAGUCAAUGCAAUGAAUGUAAAAUGGCCAGAGAAUAACGAAGUGACAAUAGUGGAUUCAAUGGAAGAUAGCCUGUUCAGCCCACAAAUAUACAUAAAUAAUGUACUAUACACUUUAACAAUAAUAUCGGUACAUAUAAAUAGAGAUAAUAAACAUUUUAGACUAAAAAUUCGAUACUUGGUUUUGACGAACACCAAGUUCUUUGCAUUAAACAGCCUAUCAAAGACAAUAAACAGUGUGGGAUUUGAUAGUCUGAACAACGAAACGAUUGAAGAGCUUUCUAUGAUUUAUGACUUGCAUGACAUCCUCAGUACCUGCAGGGAACAACUGUACAAUACUCAUAUAAAAACCAAAAACUCAUGGAUUAGCACUAAAUUCAACAACUCCAGGCUCGUUUUUAAUAACUAA